CGCUAUAAAACCCCAGAGCCCGCCCGGCCCGGCCCGGCCACCGCUGUCGCCCCGGGGUGUGCGUGGACAGCUCGGCACCAUGAAGAGGCUCGUCCUGGCCCUGGCGUGUCUCCAGCUCGCAGAGGGGGUGGUGAGAAUCAACCUGAAGAAAGGCGAGUCCAUACGGGAGAAGAUGAGGGCAGCUGGAGUGCUGGAUGACUACCUGAAGAAAAUUAAGUAUGAUCCAGUUAAGAAAUACAGCUCCAAAAAGGGCUACGUUGUGAACCAGCCGAUAACCAACCACCUGGAUUCCUCCUACUUCGGGGAGAUCAGCAUCGGGACCCCUCCCCAAAAGUUCUUGGUGCUCUUUGACACCGGCUCCUCCAACUUUUGGGUGCCCUCCAUCGACUGCAAGAGCCCAGCCUGCUUCAAUCACGCCAAGUUCAAGCCCAGCGAGUCCGACACCUUCGCCCCCAAUGGCCGGUCCCUCACCGUGACCUACGGCAGCGGCUCCGUCACCGUCGUGCUGGGCUCCGACACACUCAGGAUCCAGAACAUCACCGUCACAAACCAGGAUUUUGGGCUCAGCCAGGAAGAGCCGACCCAGCCUUUCUACUUUGCCGAUUUUGACGGAAUCCUGGGAAUGGCCUUCCCCUCCCUGGCAGUGGGAGGGAUGCCCACAGCCGUGCAGGGAAUGCUGCAGCAGGACCAGCUUGCCGAGCCCAUCUUCAGCUUCUACUUCUCACGCCAACCCACCUACCAGUACGGGGGAGAGCUGGUUCUCGGGGGAAUCGACCCUCGGCUCUUCCACGGGGCCAUCACGUGGGCACCGGUGACCCAGGAGCUCUACUGGCAGAUCACAGUUGAGGAGUUUGCUGUUGGGCAGUCAGUGACAGGCUGCUGCAGCCAGGGCUGCCAGGCCAUCGUGGACACGGGGACGUUCCUCCUGACUGUGCCCCAGGAGUACAUCGAGAGCAUCCUCCAGGCCCUGGGUGCCCAGGAGACCAGCUAUGGAUAUGCAGUGGACUGUGAGGAGAUCGAGAACAUGCCCCCCAUCACCUUCACCAUCAGUGGUGCUCAGCUCCCACUCUACCCCUCCUCCUACGUCCUGAACACCAAUGGCUACUGCACCCUUGGGAUCGAGGUCACCUACCUGCCCUCCCAGGACACGCAGCCGCUCUGGAUCCUGGGUGACGUCUUCCUCAAGGAAUAUUACACCAUCUUUGACACAGCUUACAACCGUGUCGGCUUCGCCCGCUCGGCGUAGAGCAGUGGGGCAGCACCACCCAGCCCCUCUCCUGGCCCAGCACUGCCCGAGUGCCACGGC